AUGGCGCAGGCUUCAGUUACCACGGGAUCAACAUCAUCACUGACCACCCCGUCGACGUUGACACCGGUAUUGACAUCGACACCAGUACCAGUAUCACAAUCAGGAUCAAGUUCCAGCUUUUUGACCACCUGCAGUUCUACCAUUGUCAAUGGAACCAGCACCGUUUAUGAUCCAUCCUGCCAGCCUACAAAAUCGCCAACACCGGCUAAAGGCCGGGGCGGAGUGAGCUCUGGUGCAGCGGCCGGCAUAGCUGUCGGCUGUCUCAUCAUCGGUCUUCUCCUCGGCCUUGCCGCCGCCUUCUGCUUCUUCUCAAGGCGAAAGCAAAGACACGGAGGUCAUGGCAAUGUUACCGAAGUUGCCAUGACACCCUCCAAAGAUGUGUCCUACGCACAGGUCGGAUCAGGGUUGAAGAACCAGGACGACAGCGGCAUGCCCGAAUUGAAGCACUUCCUUCUUGAUUCCCUCUCCGAUCAGGAGCUCGCCGCCGAGCUUCGCGACCGACACCAUCUCCUCCAGCAACACGUCGAGAACCACUAUCACUUUCACCCCUUGGAUGCUACACGUAUGAAUCGCCAAAGCCUCCUUGCGGCCCUCUCCCAACUAGGUCUGGGCCAGGCUGGCUCUGAGGGUCCCUCAGCCGAAACGAUUGUCUCACUUGCCUUGGAUCCGAACACAAGGCAGAUAGCUCUCCAGCACGUGCUAUCCAAGGUCAUCUUCACGAGCAUCGAUCCCAGCGCCCGGAGCCCGCUGUCCAUGCUUCCCACGUCCGUUGCGGCCUUUCUGCAGUCCAUUCCCCCGGAUGAACAGCACGAACUCAGAAGACAGGUGGAUUCUCAAGCUUCCACCCUAGCCCUCCACUGGUGGCGUGUGCUCUCCGCUUUCCUGCUGCACCCCCAACGCAGCCAGCGGACGGCCUUGGCCCCAUCAGACGCGGCGCUCGCGCCCCAGGCUGCUGCUCUGGCGCAAGCGCUGAAUCGCUUCCUGCGGUACUUUGUCGAGGACUCGGACACGGCCCGAUUCCAGCAGGAAAGUCACUUGCGGGAAGUCAUUGUCGAGUGUGCCAAGUUUGGGUACGUGCUAUUCUCACAGCCGAGUGACUGGUGUUUCUUGCACGUUGUUGGGCACGAGCAAGUGGCUGGCACAGUUUCUAGCUAUCGGGGGAAGAUAGUGUGCGCCGCUGAUCUGGUCAAGCAUACUGAUAAAGAUGGAAGGCGGUUGGGUGGAAGCCACCAAACAAGUGGGACGUUGGUUGUUCCGUCUGUGGCUGGGUGGCGGACUGAGUGA